AUGUCUGCUAGCGCACCAGACAAUAUGUCCCCUCUGACCUUGCUUCCAACGAGUGAAGAGAGUGUGGACGCUGGCGCUCUCGAACUGGGUGUCGAGAGCGCCUGGAACCUUGAUGACAUUUCCGUCUCUGGGUUAGAGAGGAGUGAUAGUGUUCGCGCUGAGCCUCCCUCUGGUGAACCAACAGAUCAGACUGGGUCUCAUCUUGCUGGCGCUGUUAUUGAUAGCAGGACCCCAAGUGUCCGUGCUGCCUCCAGUACCCCAUUCUUGGAUAACGGUGGGAACAAAUUAAAAGACUCACCUGAUGAUGGUGAUGGGCUUGGCUCAGUUGCGAUGAGCAUCAGCCCGCCUAUGGUCCAAAGCAGUGAGAAGGAACCCCUCCCUGCUAGGGACACUCAGAUGGGCCUAUCAGACAGCCUUAGGUACCAGUACCGACGUCACGAUGAGUUAGAUAGUGACAGGUUAAAUGAAAUGCCCUCUUGGGCCGAUCUCCCCAUUAACGAUGAUAUUGGGGACGUGCCCGACCUCAAAGUCAGUACCCAGGGCAAUCACGCUCCUUACAGGGCCAGAGAAGCCAAGCUAGCCCCAAAGGCUGUAAAGAUCGAAGGUGGUCAGACCAACAACCUGCAAUAUCAGCGUGCGUCUUCACUACUCCCCGCUGAAAGCUCUGUCAAACGAGCAAUGACCGGAGUGUCCAAACAAGGACAUGACCCGGGUGAACCAGACCCACCUUCAUCUGACAAUGAAAGCGAGCGUUUGUCUACUGAAAGUGAUAAUGAUAAGCCAGCUAGGAAAAGCUCAAAGAAGAUCCCCACCUUAAUGGAUCCCCCUUGA